AUGGCUCAGGCUACUCACAGUUUAUCAUUCUUGCUUCCUAUAUGCAUCAUUGUAGCCUAUGCUCUUGGUAUUAUAUCUUCGUUAUGGCUGUUUCCAUGGAUCAAGAGGACGGCGGUGUAUCUCAUUACACGGAACUCAAGCAGCAGCAACAACAUCAAGAGGCAAUAUAUAACACCAGAUGAAUCAUUAUAUGGACUAGACCAUGCAGGCUUGAAUAUGCAGCUUCCUCCAAGCACCAUGUGGAUGAAUAUGGGCUACUGGAAGGAUAUAACUAGUGCCCAGCUGCCAGAGGCAUGCGAGGCACUGCUGGACAGGAUCUUAGAAUCCGCUGGCCUUGAUAUAAGAAGCAAGGAUCGAGACAAUACCGUGCAAAGGUCCACAGGUGUCCAUCCUACCAGGAGACGAAGAGUCUUAUUAGAUCUCGGAUUCGGAUGUGGAGAGCAAACCAUGCAUCUGAUGAUGAAUCCUACAAGACCGUCACCUCUGUUUGACGAAUAUAUCGGCGUCACGCUCGAUAAAGUACAGUAUGAAUUCGCUCAGAGAAGACUACAGCAGAAUAUAAUCCAGCAGAAACAACAAGAGGCCAGUAACGGCGGGCUCUAUGAGGCAAAGGGAAACAUAGCACUCUUCUGUGCGGAUGCUGCCCGGCCAUCGACCUGGUCUGAGGAACUGAAACAAGAAGUGUACAAUGCAUUCAUAAGGGAAGAAGAUAAUGUAGAACGAUAUGUUCUUGGCCUUGACACAUUAUACCAUUUCCAUCCAUCGCGCCAGGAGAUAUUCAAAUACGCCCACUCAACUCUCCGCGCGAACAUGCUAGCAUUUGACCUGUUCCUUGCUCCACCAAAUCCUUCAGGCCUAAAACAGGCCUUGAACACGCUAUUCCUUCGUCUCUUGACACCCGCUCUCGGCGCCCCGUUCAACAACUUCGUCUCUCCAGCUGCAUAUAGAGCCCAACUGGAGGGAGCGGGAUACCUGGCUGAAAAUAUCAUGGUAGAUGAUAUUACCGAUGGCGUGUUUGCCGGACUAGCUGGAUUCUUGGAGAAAAGACAUCAAGAAAUGACCGGAAUGGGGCUAGGAGGUUAUACUAAGUGGCAGGUCGCUGGAUGGCUGUUCAGAUGGUUAAGUGGCGGAGGUAUUCUUAGAGCUGGUAUCAUCGUUGCACAGCGGACCCGAGAGAAUAAACUUGCUGUGGACGCUAAGUAUGAGAGAAAUAUGCGUGCCUAA